CCAGACAUUCCUUAACCAUCGUUCUGUCGUAAGCGUCGGGGGCGUCGUCAUCUCUGCGAGGAAUCUCAAUGUUUUGCUCUGAUUUAUGACACCCACGCACACAUUCUUAAUCCCAUCUCGUGCUCGCUCUUCCACCCGUAUGGAAACGGAACACGCUAAGUCGAUGAAUAUUUUAAUGAACAUCACAAGAAGAACUCUUGUCUGUCUGUCUGUCCGUCAUUGAGAAGCUGCCAAAAUCCACUUCAAUUCGGAUGGAUUUAUUCAACGGACGAAGGACAACGGGGAAAGGAUUUCGGUUGGCGGUGGCGUCCGCAGCUUUCAUCAUCGGUUUCGGCUGCUACUACGACGUCAACAAUUUUCAUUUUGCCGCCCCUUGACACACCCUUGACGGUGACGUGGACCCGGUACCUGACGGACGUGGUGAUUUGUUGGUUCAGAAAAUUCAGUACAAAACGGAUUACCGACCCGAACGAACGAUCCAAACCGAUCGACUGUGAUUGAUGCUCCUUUCAUCGAAUGUAGGCAAAACAAGCUUCUCGAAUGCUUCUAAACGCCACAAAAUUAACUACAUUGGUUGAACGAUGGCAGCAAAUCAAUCGAACCCGAAAGCGCCAGUCAGCUACCUACGAUGGAAAACCGUGCCGAACUCGGGAUAAACACUUCGAACUCGAGACAAUGUGAAUUCGUUCACGAAACUGGUACCGACGCCAACCGUGCGUGAUCAUCUGCCUCUCUUCGAACUUACACAAACCAACAAUCGUUUCCAUAGAGAACAAAAAUCGAGUGUUUUGUCUGUCGUUGGUGCGCCCGAUCUCUCGCAUUUUCGCGUGUUGAGCCACGAUCAGUUGAACUGUUCCGUCCACCAUCGACGCAUCCGAUCCGAUCCGAUGUCGACGAACAAAAAAGUCUGACCGCCGUACGUGAGCCGCCUUCUGUCGGGGAUCGUGACCCCGUUCACCUCCCUCACCUCUUAGAAUCGCGAAUCGGUUCGAUCCAGACGGGAUCGAUGCAAGUGGCCGCAAAAUGUGCAAUUCUAUUUUAGUGUCAGUGAAAGUGUGAAAGUCCUUCGUUUCCCGCCGAUUCCCAGCAGUUGUGCGUCAGGCGACGCAGCGUCGCCCGAACGUUACGUUACGUUGCCCUGUGUUGUAAAAAGGAAAAACGAAAAAAAUGAAAUUACUGAUUGUUACCACAUCCUUUGUCGGGAGCAGUUAUAAAUGGUGCCACCCGUUCGACAUCGAACGGGAUGUCACCAGUGAAAAUCAGUGCUACGCGUCCGAAUCGUCGCUGUCGGUUACACCAUGGUGAUGAACAUAUGAACCGAGCGCGAUGAUCUUUACCGUCUCUAUUUUAAAAGCAUAACAACGAGAAGAAUCGCAGAAUUGAAUAGCAAACAAAAAAAAAGCACCUGCGUUGUGUGCGUCCCGAGUGCCGAGAUUCGGCACGGUCGAAAGGAAAAAGGCCAUUAGCCUGUUUUGUCUCGUCACGAAUGAGUGAUUUUUCGGUGCCGACGGCGGCUUUAAUUACUUUGACGACAACAUCAGGAAGUGGCCGCUCGGGGAGACGAACAUCAUUAAUCCGAAGGUCCUGACCCAUCCGAGCUGAACAUGAAUCCCACCAGUGACCUGAACUGUGAUGUCAUCCAUCGGUGGGUGGUGUAGUGCACUUUUCAUUCAUCUUCGCUCUUUUUGGAUGGGCGAUGCAGUCGGUGUGUGACCUAUUUCGUGGGGAACCUUGAGAAGUAUUCUAUUUGUGUGUGUGUGUAUGAAAUAUGUAAACGACCGUUUAUUCUCUCAUCAUCUCGUACCAAAUCUACGUACCAUUCAGUGAUGAAAAUUCGUAUGAUGAUGUUUCACAGUGAAGUGCAUUUAUAAGCAAAACCGCUGAAAUUGUAGUGAAAGUGUUGAAGAAGCAAACAUGGCGAGCUGCUCUGCUGGGGCAGGAUCGAAACCGGUGGGCCCGGAAAUCACCGCCGAGUGGACAGUGCAUGCGCAGCUGACCCUUUCGCAUCAAGGCGCCAGUGGUGCAUCUGCUGAACUUUGCUCCCCCAAGGAUCCGAGCUCGAAGCUAGUCGAAAGUGCAGGAAAAGUGGAUGACUCAGUGCCUGCAUCCAGCAACAACAGUCAACAGAAGCAGCAGCAGCCGCCACCGCCAGUGAAGGUGGUAUAUAAAUUUAGCACCGCAGAUUCAUCUCUCGGCAACCUCGGCGGAAUCGUUACAACCGGUAGUAAUAAUUUAGCCACCCCUGCUGGUGUUCCAAUCGGCGGCCGCAGCGUGGAAUUCAAACAGAAGGGUGAUACUAUUUUUAACAGCAACGAUUCAACAUCUGGCCAGCCGAUCAAUUCAAGCUGCGAGGAAAAACCUGAUUCGAAACCUGGCUUCGAAGAUUCCAAUCUGUCGGCGAUCAUCGCGGCCCAAGCAUUUCCCAAAUGCACCAGUACCUGUAGCAUAGUACUAACGGCGGAUCUUCUACCGGUUUUGUCUGGUGGAGGAGAAGCUCUCGUAAGUGUAGGCAAAUGUAGCGGCCUUAGUACAGUCGAUAAGUAUACUUGUUUCCCGGAAAAGUCGAUGCCUACCGAUGCCAGGGACGUCAGCUGCCAGACGAGUGACAUCGAGAUGUCCCUGCAGAAAGCGGUACAAACCAGUCAACAAGAUCUACGGAGUCAGCAGAAAAAGGCAGCGGAAGCUCUGCUGUCGCCGAUAAUGUCCCGCCGAGAUGAUAAAUACGGUUCAAUACGCCCAAAAUCUCCGAUUUCACCGACGGCCGUGUCCCCGACCAACACACUUCAAUCGCAGCAUUCGAGUGUAAAAGACGACAAAAAGAAGAAACCUCGGACGGUACACAUCGACGUGUACUGCACCGGAUCCGACGCGGAAUCGUCCAGUUCGGAUGAAUCAUCGGUUCGGUCAGGGUCCGGGUCUAGUUCGUCAAGUGGCAGCCGAUUCGAUACCAGCCAUCGGACGGAACUGAAGUCUUCGGCAAACGUAACUCACCCGACGAUUUACGAAUCGGAGGAAAUGAAACUUCGUCACAAAAGAGCUGCCAAACAUGAAGUUCCCCGAAGACUAAUGCAACACAACACCGUGGAUCAGAGUACACUGUCUACCGUAGGAAGCUUGAAGCGAGCUGAAUCUCAUAGCCGUAAGCCUGUCAAAAGAAGUAACACAAAGGAGGAAAUUCACGAAUCCAAGCAGAUGUUGUUGAACAAAAUUCUCGGCGAUCAGAACGAAACUGAUCGUUUUCCCAGUCUCGAGUACCUCCGGCGUGCAACCAGCGACGAUAACAUAAGUUCAAAUUAUGCAUUUUCAAUGCUUUCCACUAGACGAGAUAUUACCGGCAGUAGUCUGUCCAGCGCCCUGGCAGAGCUUGACGAAUCGGCUAUCAAACCCACGACAAGUGGAACGAUCGUAGCUCAUUCGGAUAGCUUCGAGUACGAAAACAGCGAGGAUCGCUACCGAAUUCAUCAGAUGGAACGUUUGUGGGGUAAAAAAACGUGGAAGUCACCUUCGGCUGAACGCAAAUUGCUUGAGAUUCACAACCCGAAACGCCGCCAGAUCAGUGAAUCCGAUAACAACCUGUCCGAAUCGGAUCACAGCUUCGUGUUCGACGGUUCCGGACCGCGGCCCGUUGAAUCCAUCCACUCGCUGAACGAGUUCAGCGAUUCCAGUCCAUCGACGGUGAAGAGUUGCUCCAAUCGGGCUCCAUCCAAUGCGGCGGACAGUUCGAAGCGAAUUCUACAUAAAGCCCUGCUAAAUGUCAGCAAUUCGGCUACGUUCCCACUGCGGUCGUGGUCUCCGAUCGAUGGCUACAGUAGCGAGUAUCAGGCGCUGGCCAGACGGUUCGGUAGCUUGAUAACCGGGAAGCGAAAACCGGGUGUCCACAUGGGCCCAGUUAGGAAUCCCGAGUGUCAGUGCGAACACUGCCGCCGGUGGAUGCUCGAACGGGAUGGCGGAGGUCCGCGGGAUAGGGCCCUCUCGGUUGCCGUCGAGUUUCCGGCCAACAUUAUCGACAUGCGGAAACAGUAUCAUCUGAGGAAUCGGAAGAUUUCCUGAUUUUCCGGACUACGUUGUAUAUAAAUGCUUUUAGCGUUGCAUUUUUAUCUUUCGAUGUUCAUUCGUUCAUUUUUUUUUGCAUUUUCUUUUUUAUUUCGUGUAAUUGUCAAUAAUUUAAGCGAUAUAAGAUAGAUUUGCAGAUGACACAAUGUUUCUAGCUGGUAAAUAUCACAGCCUUGCUUGUAAAGAUCCCUUCUUCAUGUAAUAUGAAAAAAUCCAUUUUUAGCGAAUUGAAGGUCUCUAAAAUAAAAAGGUAAUGUAUUUUUGGUAUAGAAUAAUUUGAAAAUGUUCCACAAAUUAAUAAUUAUUUAUAGAAACCAUGUGCAAAAUAUAUAUUUUACAGUCACCAAUGGGCCAAUGUCAUCUCACCGAAUGUCAUUUCGUCCGAAUCAUACAAAUGUCUUAAUAUCAUAUUGGAAUUUAUACAAAAUAAAGAAAUAUGACAGAUGGUAUGUGUUUUAUGGGCCAAAAAUCAAACAUAUGAAAUAUUAUCUAUUUAAAAUGACGGACCAGGCAAACGAGCUGGUUUCAGGUUUGUUUGCGAGAGGCCACCACUUUCGAAGGUUUAAAUUAAUACGUUUGGGGCUGCCCUAAAACUUUGUGCUCUAACAGAGUUAUAACCCCUACUAACACACAAACUACUAAUGCUAAACUUCCAACUAAGUUCAAAUAACGAGCAAAAAACAAACAUUACUAAUUAUCAUAU